CCGCCUGCAUGUAUUUGCAGUCUGUGGAAUGCAAGGGUCCAGCUGCCUCCAUUCAUUCAGUACUCUGUGCUUCACACAUGGAUGCAGGUCUUCAACCAACGCGCUGAUUCAGUUACUCUAACUUCAAAUAUAUAGGUCAGUUUAAGCAGACUGACUGAAACUGGAUGCUUGGACUGCAUGAACACAUGGACUGUUGACAAAAGGAACAGGUAAUCCAAAGCAUCAGCCCCGGUGUGAAGUGCAUUCUGGACAGGAUUACAGACUUAUCACAUGAAGCAGGGAAUGCCUCAGUCUUCAGUCUGAGGGGAAUACUUUGCACGCUGCAACCGUCCAUUCAAACUGAGAUCAUUUAAGUUCCAGCUAGAAGUCGGUUCUGGGUCCAGAUGUUCCUCAACACGAUCCUCGUGGUCCUGACGGACCUGGCGGCCCGGUUCCUGGGUAACACUGUGUUCCGGCAGCACUUCCACCUGUGGCUGUCAGCAGUGGUGAUGUUCGGUCCCGCACUGAGCCUGUGGGUCUCACAGCACAGCAUCUUUGCCAAAAGGAGUCACUUCCUCUAUAGGAUGUUCUUGCGCUCCGGUUGGGGCUGGACCUGCAUCUUCGUCGGUUCCUUCGUCUUCCUCCUCUCCUUCUCCAUCCGUCGCUCCCUCUCCCACUCCAUGCGUCACCUCUCUCGGCUCGGGAUGGCCGGUGGGCUGUGGCUCGGUUUCUGUAAACUCCUGGACGUCCUGGAGAACGCCACAGGGAGCUGCUAUGAGCCUCUACUCAACGGUCCAGAGGUCACCAACGGGCAGCCUCUGUUGGUGCUGCGAGAAGGGGAGAGUAAGGCAGGGUGCCUCAGAGCAGGGAUGCUGUGGAGAGGUUACGAAGUCUCGGAGGACGUCUUCCUCCUCUGUCUCUGCUGCCUCCUGCUGGCAGAGGAAAUAGCUGUUUUUGGUCCUUAUCUGAGCCUGGGCGGGAUCUCAGAUGCCCCUCUCAGGAUCCUCUUCCUGUUUUGCGUUCUCCUGCUCGGCCUCUGGAUCUUUCUGUUGCUCUGCCUCUUAGCUUACUUCCCUCAGUUCCCCACUCAGCUGCUAGGGGGCGCUCUUGGGUGUCUGAGCUGGAGAGGACUGUACCAGGGCUGGUACCGCAACGGGCCCAGCUGGUGCUCACCUGGAAGACCUGGAUUGGGAUUGCUAAACACCAAGGCAAACGGCUGUGAAGCAGAGGGCGCACAACUGAGCCAAGAUCACUGCAACUAAUGGACAAUACCGACUCACAUGACACCGUCAGCUGGAGGGGGUUUUGAGGGGAACUUUAAAUUGUCUUCUCUUCUGAAAGGACAAGACAUACUGCUGCAAAUGAUUGCAACAAACCAUGAUGAAGCAAACAAAAACAGUAAGGACAGAAAGAAAGAAACGUAUGAAAUGACACUUAAAGCUCCUGUGAGGAACUUUCUGUUCAGCGGAUUCCGGCCCCCUUGUGGACAAAGUGAAACACCUCAUCUCUCUGCUAGAUUUGUCCUGUAAAUGUUUCCUGAUGAAAAAUCUCCUCCUGCCUUCAUUUAACUGUUGAAUGUAUUCCUCAUUGUGAAUAUUUGCCAAAGGAAAUGUUGUUUCUGCAGCUUGCUGUCAAUCAUCCGGUGUGACCCCUCCCCCUCACGGCAGAAACAGGAAGUACAAGUACAACACAGGAUUUGUCUUCUUGUUGUGGACGUUUGCACUUGUUUGCUUCUUUAGGCAUGCAGGCCUGAUCAUCGUACCUAAAGUCUCUAAAAGUAGUAUGGGAGGUAGAACCUUCAGCUAUCAGG